AGUCAAGAUCUAACUCUGGCUGGGUUAAAGCGUAGCGUUCCAUUCCCAGAACGAGUGAAGCGAUCGGUUUCAAAUUUAAAUAUUCUUUAAUGCAACAAAACAACCGGCCGGGCAGUGGGCACCCAUUUCAAACGUAGUCUAGAACAUAACCAGUUUAUCGAGUGUGAUUUAAAUUCAAUAAAAGUUAAAAAAUGCCAAGUAAUGCGCCAAAUUUUAAAUCCCAAAACAACCAAUUUACAAAAUAUCAUUGAAAUAAGGGAAUACAUAUAUUUUUAAAGUGAUUUAUUUGCGAAAAAUAAAGAUUCAGUCCUUAAAGUGAAAUUUGAUAUCCUCGUUUUCAUAUUCGAGUCGAUUCCAAGACAACCUGAUUUGUUCUCUCUUCACUUAGAACCUGUUUAAGAUAUUGAAGUGAAUACCUAACAAGAUCUUUGCGAAGAAAAAUUAACUUGUAGAAAGGUAUACCUACCCCUGUCCUCUACAAGUUUUACCUAACCUACAAUACGGCUGCCGUUCUGUACAAAGAUUAAGAUUGUAUCUUAGAGAUGCAAUUCGUGGAAAAAAGAUCAUAUUUGUGAUUCUAUUGUAUGUUUGUCAAUAAAUUGAAAAAUUAAGUGAGUGUAAUUCGGUGCGUUGUCCAAGUUUAAGUGAGACGAGAGAUAUUAAUCUUCGGUUGUGUAAUCGAUGUUUAAGUGCAUUGACACUGUUUGUAUAUAAUUGAAAAAUUCAAUCAAUUAUAUGUUUAUUGUUUUUGAAAUCUACACGAUCACAAGAUAUUGAUACUGCGGGCACUUGUAAUCGAAUUUCGUUUCAUGUUUACGUGCACGUGUCUAUUUAAGUCGCUAAAUUCCAGAGUUUAAGCAAAUUUAUUUAAAAUUUAAAAUAAUUUUUCUGUUAAACCGGUAACGAAAGACGGAUCUUUACGUAAAUUAUACAAUUUCAUUGUAUAAGUACGAAAAUAUACCUACAUUGGAAUUACUAGGUCUUACCUACCUACACACAUUCUUUGGAUAAAUAGGAUAAAUACAUAUUUGAAAAAAGGUUUAAUAAUAAAAUGGAAAAAUACGCAGUAUCAGAGAGAUUGGUGAUAUAAUAUUUCCCACUGAAAUGUUUUAAAGGUCUAAUUCUGAAAAAAGUCACGUUACAAAAAUAUAAGUAAGAACAAAAAAAAAUGGCAGCUAAGCCAGAACAAGAUGUCACCGAUAAGGUGAAAAAUGGUGAUAACGAAAAAUAUAAUCAAAAAUUGGAUAGUAAUACUGAAACACUGCCACUUACAACAAAUAAAACAAAAACAGAAACUGAAUCAAUAGAUGCGGAAUCUGGAAAAAUUCGCAGAGGUCGAUUAUCAUUAGAUGCAUUAAUGCAACUUUCGCCAAGACGCCGUCUACUCUACAUUUUAACAGCCAGUUUAUGUGCCUUACUUCUAGUUAUAAUUAUUUUAAUGAUAGCCUUUUGGCCCGAAGUACCAUUCUACCUGAAAGCAGAACUUUGUGUGGAUAAGGAAUGCGUUUUAGCAAGUCAACAGAUUUUGCUGUGGUCAAAUAUUUCAUAUAAACCUUGCCAAGAAACAUAUAAAUGGGCAUGUGGAAAUUUCCGAAAAGAAUACGAAGAAAAUGAUUAUUUUGUGAUAAAAAAAGGAGAAUGGGAUUAUCAAACAUAUAACGAAUAUGAAGAACUGAGCGAAUUAAAUAGAUUCAUUUCAAUGCUGCCAACAUCUAGUCAAUCCUAUUCUGCAGAGUCCAUGAUAACAAGCUUGUAUAAGUCUUGUCGUGAAAUUGAUGCUCUGGAUAAAAGUCAGUCUAAUAUGCUACUGCGACAGGCGAUUAAAUCUGUUGAUGGUUGGCAAGCUCUUCGCGAUGGGAAUCGUCUCCAGUUUUGGGAAUACCGAAAGGCAUUGGUUUAUGCUCAAACACAUCAUGGAGUAUUUCCCUACUUUAAAAUGUCUGUAGAAAAUAGAUAUAAUGAACCUUAUGAUUAUAUUAUAACUCUUGAUGCUGGAGAUGUGGGACUUCCCGAUGAAUUUUUCUACAAUGUUGACAGCAGUGAUGAGGUUGUUGUUGCAUAUAAAAUGUUGCUUCGUGAUUUUGCCAUUAAUAUGGGAGUUGUGACUCAAGAAGCUGAACUUUUUGCCGAUGAAAUAUUUCACUACGAAAAACGUAUUGUAAAUAAUAUUCUAUCAGUACAAUCAUCUAGUCAAAGGAGACUCAAUGAAAUUAAAACGAUUCAAGAAAUUAAAGUUAUUGCUCCAUCGCUUCCGAUAUUUGAAUCACUACAAGCUAUAUUUCCGCAAAUCAAAAUCACAGACGAAACAGAGGUCUUAGUUCGUGAUUUGGAUGUCUUACAUGAGAUGUCAAUUGUUGUUUCAACAUCGGAUAAGAAGCCACUGAAUAAUUUCAUAAUUUGGUCCCUAGCAAGAAAGAUCUUACCACAUCUAUCAAAGGAAUAUCGAAUUCUUAUUGAGAAUUUCGAUAAUGCGGUUUAUGGAAAGACGGCAAGAUACCCUCGAUGGAUGGUCUGUGCAAAAAUAGUUCGUGACUGGCUGCCAUUUUCUGUAGAUGCCUUACGGGAAAACCCAGAUCUUCUUAAGUCAGAAAGUGAAAGUCAAGUAAAUCUCUAUCGACAAAAAACAUAUUCAUUUCCCAAUAAAACUUAUGGCAAUGAUGAGUUUAUGCAAUUGAUGUUCUACACACUUCGCAACCAAGUGGCAAGUUCAAUUUUAGAAGCUAACUGGAUUGAGCCUGCUUUGAAGACAUUCAUCCAUGACAAGUUAGCGUCAACAAGACUUCAAAUUGGAAUACCAACAGAAAUUCUUCAAACUAAAUCUUAUAUCGAUGAAUAUUAUAAAAGUUUGAUGUUGUAUAAUCUUUACUUUGUUGAGCAUUUAGAAUCAAUUUGGAAGUUUAGAAAACUAAGAUUGCAAGAUAAAUUAAAAUCACAAAGUAUCAUUGAUAUGAUCAUUUUGGACAUGUAUGCCACCGAUAAUGUUAAACCUAUUACCUACUCUACCACUCUGAAUAUGAUAUUAAUAUCAAAGCAUCUUUCACAAUCAAAAUAUUAUGACUAUAGAUAUCCAAUUCCGGUAAACUUCGCACGAGUUGGAGCAGACAUAGUUGAAAAACUCAUCGAAACAGUAUCCAUAUUUGAAAAUCAGUACCGAUUUAGUUCAAAAUCAUCAUCGGACUCCAUGGAAGAGAGUGUUUUUAAAAUAAAUGCACAUUGCAUGGAAGAUGUCACAGGCGAUAUUGAAUUAUCUGAAAAUGCCUUAAGUUCCUUCCAUACUAUAAUGAGUGCAGCAAGGAUAACAGCUAAGGCUCUGACAAGAUUUAUUGAAUCCAUAGAUGGUGCAGCUCCAAUUACUGGAGCUUCAAUAGAUCCAAGCUUGACUUAUGAAAACUUGCAGCUUACCAAUCGCAAGAGGCUUCCUGGACUACGAUCUUUAAAUGAAAAUGAACUAUUUACCCUAGCAUACAUGCAGAAGCAUUGUAGUACACCAAUUGCUGACAAGGACUAUGCCAGGAUAAAACCACAUGUUGAGAAAAAACUUGCAGAAAUGCAUUUAUUUAAUGCCACGUGGAGACACAUUCAAUUCCUACCAAGGUCUUCAAGUUGUUCUGUCAAUGAAAACACAUGCACAAAAAUAUUAUAGAAGUAAAUUAUUAUAAAAUUGGUCAGUUUUAAUAUUUAUAUUGAAAUUAACCUAAAAUGCCUACAAAAUGUUUUUAAGUUAUUAUUUAAAUAGUUUUAACGUAUUUAAAAAAAUAAAAUAAAAUUGUUAAUGUAUUCAUAAAAAAUGUCAUUCCCAACACAACUAAAGUCGCUACUAGUUCUUAAGAUGCCUUAAAUAAAAAAAAAUAGUGUAAGAAAUAAAUGGCCAUUUAUAAAAAAAUUAAGCAGACUGAAAUCCAAUUGGAAAAUUUAUUAAAAACAAAAAUAAAAUCUAGUUCUAACUACAAAA